CCCCUCCGUCGCCAUGACGACGCGCCUGGCUCUUCUCCCUUCUCUUCCCCUUCCCUUCUUCCCCCGCCGUGCGUGCGGCACGGUGACACUCGCUCCGCCUCCGCCAUGGGCUCGCUUUGCGCAAGCGCAACCGGGCCUUGAAGCGGCGGCGGCUGAGGGGACGGAAAGAGGGAGGGAGGGGCGGCGAGAGGAGAACGUGAGCGUAGGCCGCGCGAGGCGGGGCCGGGGUCACGACCUCUGACCUCCCGCCGCCGUCAAAUAAGCCCUGAGGAGGCUGCGGAUGCGUCGCGCCUGUCAGGAGCAUCCAAAAAGUGAUUAUGCAUACAGGAAGCUGAAUAUAACAUUUACAUCUUGGGAAUUCCUGUGACUCAAGAUCAUGGCCACAAUUGAGGAACUGGCCCAUCAAAUUAUUGAACAGCAAAUGGGAGAGCAGAUGACUCAAUCUCAAGGAUCUGCCAACCAAACACUAAUGGAUGGAACAGCACAAAGAAUCCAAAUUGUCCCUGGAGAUGCAGGUGUCUCCCUACCACAGCGGAUACAGAUUGUUACAGAUCAGCAGACAGGGCAGAAGAUUCAGAUCGUUACAGCACUUGAUCAGUCUGCAACAGGCAAGCAGUUCAUUUUAACAAAUCAUGAUGGUUCUACCCCAAGCAAAGUGAUCCUUGCAAGACAAGAUACUACUCCAGGAAAGUUUUUUCUGACAACUCCAGAUGCUGCAGGGGUGAACCAGCUGUUUUUUACAUCUCCAGAUAUUUCUACACAGCACAUUCAGAUUUUAACAGACAGUUCUUCCACAGAACAGAGUUUGAAUAAAGUAUUUGAUCUCUGUGUUGUUUGUGGAGACAAGGCAUCAGGGCGCCAUUAUGGAGCAGUGACGUGUGAAGGAUGCAAAGGAUUCUUUAAAAGAAGUAUACGAAAGAAUUUAGUGUAUUCUUGUCGGGGGACAAGAGACUGUGUGAUUAAUAAACAUCAUAGAAACAGAUGUCAGUAUUGCAGGCUGCAGAGAUGUAUUGCAUUUGGAAUGAAACAAGAUUCUCCACACCCUUUUGUAGCUGUUCAGUGUGAGAGGAAACCGGUUGACGUGUCCCGAGAAAAGCCUCCGAAUUGUGCAGCUUCUACAGAAAAGAUUUAUAUUCGCAAAGAUUUACGGAGUCCACUUACAGCAACUCCAACUUUUGUAACAGACAACGAAACAACCAGAUCAGCAGGAAUGUUGGAGCCUGGAAUGUUUGUGAAUAUACAUCAGUCCGGUGUAAAAAAUGAGCCUACGGUUUUAAUGACUGCAGACAAGGUUGAAACAUGUCAAGGAGAUUUAAGUACUUUAGCAAAUGUGGUAACAUCAUUAGCAAGUCUGAGUAAGUCCAAAGAUGUGUCUCAAAGUAGUCCUGAUCUGUCUAUGAUAGAAAGCUUAAGCAAUGGAGACGCUUCAUUGACUGAACUUCAGCAAGAUGCGAAUACAAAUAUUGAUGUUACAAGGGCGUUUGAUACUCUCGCGAAAGCAUUUAACCCAGGAGAGACUGCAUCAUGUCAAAGCUCUGCAGAAAGCAUGGAAGCCAGUGCAAACCUGUUUGGUGAAGAAACAACCACGAGCAUUGUUGAAAUAGAGGGUCCACUUCUCAGUGAUGUCCAUGUUGCUUUCAGACUCACCAUGCCUUCACCUAUGCCUGAGUACCUGAAUGUACAUUAUAUUUGUGAAUCAGCCUCCAGGUUGCUGUUUUUAUCUAUGCACUGGGCACGUUCUAUUUCAUCUUUUCAAGCUCUGGGGCAGGAUAACAGCAUAUCACUAGUGAAAGCCUGCUGGAAUGAACUUUUCAUACUUGGUCUUGCACAGUGUUCACAAGUAAUGAAUGUAGCAACUAUACUAGCUGCAUUUGUGAAUCAUCUUCAUAAUAGUUUACAGCAAGAUAAGCUUUCAGCCGAUAGAGGAAAGUUAGUGAUGGAGCAUAUCUUCAAACUUCAGGAGUUUUGCAACAGUAUGGUGAAGCUUUGCCUUGAUGGUUAUGAAUAUGCUUAUUUGAAAGCUAUUGUCCUCUUCAGCCCUGAUCACCCAGGCUUAGAAAAUGUGCUGCAGAUUGAAAAAUUUCAGGAAAAAGCAUAUAUGGAAUUCCAGGAUUAUAUAACAAAAGUAUAUCCAGAUGAUACUUACAGGUUGUCUAGGCUGCUUCUCAGAUUGCCAGCCCUGCGACUGAUGAGUGCUGCUAUCACAGAAGAAUUGUUCUUUGCAGGACUAAUUGGAAAUGUUCAGAUUGACAGCAUCAUACCAUAUAUUCUAAGAAUGGAAACUGCAGAUUACAACUCUCAAAUAAUUGGUCAUGCCGUAUAAAAGCUGAACCACAGAUUCUAUUAUACCAUGGCAAUCAUGGUGUUUGUAAAUAUAGAUUAUCUCCAAGAGAUAACGUGUCUUCCUGUAAAGUCACAACUAGAACAUUGAAAGAAGUGUUCACUUCCUCCUUACCAAUACAUUUUGGAAACACAGUGGAAUAUUUUGACUGCUACAGGAUGAUUUAACUUUUAUCUGGUUUUCAAGAACUUUGUAUAUUAUUUUAGAAUCAAAAUCAAGGUGUAGUUCAUCCUAUUUUUGUAGUUUAGCUAUACAAACAACUAAAGAACAGAUGUACAGAAAACAAUCUAGCUUUUGGUGAAAGGAAGUUCAUCAAAACAUUUUAACGUAUUUAGGAAAUAAAUAAAUCAACUUUCUUCCCAAUGUUGUGUUUUGGUGUCUUGUUUCUAAAAAUGCACUCUUUGUCAUUUUGAUGUAAGUUUGAAAUCUUGAAUAAGCUAUCUUAUUUCUUAUGGGACAUAGUUACAGAAUUCUGAAUAUCUUUCACUGCUUUAAACAGAACGUAUUUUUUAGUAAACAAGUGUUUGUUAAAAUUGAAGAGAAGCUACAGGAAAGCUGUAAAACUGUUUUACCUUCAUGUUAGUGCCUCAAAAUAAUUGCUCACUAUUUAUUGAGUUAAUUUGAUUCACUGAUCAUUGUACAGUUCACAGUUAUAUUGGCUCUAAUAUAAUUUAGGUGUAAAGAAUUCUAAAUUGUUUGAUUGUGUCACACACUCAUUGUGUAUUACUCCUUAAGCCCUAUUAUAUUUUUACAUAUGUGCAUCAGUUUACCAGUGCCAACUAAACUCAUUUGAAUAAAAUUAGUUUCUUUAUAUUUAGUUAAGGAUUAGAAUAGUUCAGAUAUGGCAGGUGCACCUUUCAGUGAUGAUAUUCAGUGGUACCACUUUUACUGCACUCAUUCUGAUCCUCACUCAAGAUUAAGUCUCAGGUUCUGUGUAGAGUUUCUGAAAUGUUCCUAAACAGGUAAGUAAAUAAACCACAUAUGGAAUAUAUGUGUUACUAAUAGCAUAUAGUGUUUCCAAAAUAGUCGUGAUUGCAGAAUCUUCCUUUGUUUUCAGAGUAUAUUUGCUACACUUUACCAAAUUCACUUUGUUGUUCUUUAAAAGCUGCUGAGUUUUAAUUGCUGUAUAGUAAUUAAUUAAUUGUUAAUCUAGCAUCAACACAAAAUAUCCAUAUCAUAUGUCACAGGUUGUCCAUAUAAUGUUUUGGCAAUUCCCGUUUUAAACCUUACUUUCCAAUAUUAAAUAUUGAUCACAGUAAUCUACCUGUUUCUAGUUGUCAAUCUGGGGUCUUUUAGGAAAUGAAAAUAGCCUUCUGUAAUUUGAAGAUGCAGCAGGCUUUUAAAUGGAUUGAGUAGAAAAUAGUUGUCCUUGUAUAUUUCAAAAUGAGACAUUUUACAAUAAUGAAGCAAACCUGUAUUUUUGACCAGAAAAGUUACCUGCAUAUGUGCUAUUAGACAUGUGCAGAUGUGCAUAAUACACACAGUUGUAAUAUGUUUUCUUCAUGAUGUAUUCUAUGAUCUUGUAAUUAUACAUUUGUUCUAAUUCUUGCCAGUCAGUCAUCCGCACACCUCUUUAGUGGCAGCAAUAAAUUAGUUCAACUUGGGUUUUUUGUUGGUGUUGUUCUCGUCACUGGAAAUGAAUUGUCUUUGCAUUCCAUUCAACUUUAGUAUACAUUUUUGUGGUUCCGUUUUAGUGUGUGCAUCAGAAUGUCCUAAGUACUGUCUUCCUGUUGUAUAAUAAAUGCUGUAAAUGUAUUGAGACCCGAAAAAGUGUAAAUUCUAUUUUGGCUGUAUUUUUUAAAAUAAAUUGUAACUUUUAA